GGUCUGCGGGGCCGUUGGAUUUGACUGGGCGAUUCAUCGUGUUCCUUCCUCCCUCCCUCCUUCGCCUGUGCCCUAGCCACCGCGCGCACGACCAGGGUCGUCUGCCGAGCGAUCCGGGUACCGCACCGCUGCAUCCUGGGACAGAAAGGACGCUGGGUGCUACGGCUCCACGUCUCGUCGGCGUCGUCGAGAGUUUGGGAAAUAAGAGAAGAAGAAAUCGUGGGCAUGCCUUGCAGAAAGGCAAGACUGCGGCGGCGGCAACUACGAGUCCAUGUAGACAUUGUGUCGUCGAGUGUGUCUGAGGUGGAGAUGCCGGCGGUGGAUUAUGAUGAUGGUGACGAUGUUGAUGAUGAGCCUGUCAAGUCUGAAGAAGCAGCAGCUCCGUCUGAAUCUGAUCAGGCCGCCGAGGAAGCGGCCGAGGAGGAGACGAUGGCGAUGAUGAUGGGACUGGGGGGGCUGGCCGACGAGGCGGCUGAGGAGGCGGCCAACAGCGGAGCCAAGAAGAAGAGGAGAGGCAAUCGGUCGGCCCACGACAUGAUGGUGGAAGCGAGAGAGAAGCAAGGGGAAAGACCUGAGGAAGCCAACACCGAUCCAUAUGCCUACGAGGCCCGCGGCCACCGCGCAGAUUGGGACUGGAUCUUCGCCCGACACUACGGCCCCUUCGACCAGACCACGUCCAUCCCCGCCUCGUGCUUCACCGGCCUUCGUCGGCCUACCAAGUGCUACGCCAGCACCCAGGAGAUGCUCCAGAUCUUCUGGAUCAAAGUCCGCAAGAUAAAGAAGCCCCUCAAGUGGCCAUUACAGGUUUUUGGUUCGAUCGCCGUGCGGGAUGUGCUGGAUCACAAUCGCAUCAUGGUCUUCGAUCGCCAAAGGGAUAACUGCCAAACCCUUACUAAGAAGGAUCGAUUUCUUACGCUGACGGGUCCUACCCGAGGAGUUGUGGUGGAUGUACAUCCUACCUAUGUUGAGGUUGAUCUGAAGGCGAAGGGCGCCACAGAAUCUGAGGAUAGAGAUUUAAGCUAUUUAGUAGUCAGGUCUAUGCCCUGCAGCCCCUGUUAUGGUGCCGUCCCUAGCAAGCUUAGCACAUUGGAGUUGGCAUACCUUCGAAUGUACGACUGUGUGGAAGCCGCAAUCAGUGUCAAAGUCAGAAAGCAUGGGUUUUGGCCUGGUUGCCGAGGUUUAUUCACUGCCAGCACAGCUAGUUUGGAAGACAUGGAGAUCCCGUUGCUUGCUUUUGAAGGAGAUAGGUUGCCAGUUGAUGGUGGUGGAAGGCUUGAGCUUUCACGCUGUGUGGUCUGCGUCGAGCUUCGGCAGCCCGAAGGUAAGCUCUUGUUUUCGGCGAAGGCACUGCGUGGUGGUGAUGAGAAAGAUGUGAGGAGAGUUCGUAAGACUUUCACUCCCAAGAAGGCUGGUAAAACCAAGGAGAAUAUUAAGAUUGGUUCCUGUGAGAUGGAGGUAACUGUCACAUGGUCCCUUCUUCCGAGUUGUAAGUAUGAUUAUGACAGUGCUUUGAGAAGGUAUUAUUAAGUUUGCCUUUUUAAGGUGAAGAUUUUGACUGUGAUGUGAUCUCUUCUCUAGGCAUCAAGUAGUAUGACUGACUGAAAAAAAGCCUUCAUAAUAUGAAGUGCAAACCGUGUAAAAUUUGCAAGUUCAUAGCUAGAAUAUGAGUUAGUCCGCUUCUAUGAUGUGGAGAUCGAGUUAUUCUGGGGCUUACAAGUUUUUAUGUAUGGUCUGAUGACAUUUUGUCUGGUAUUCCUUUUAGGGAAA